CAACAAACACUGAAGUCAACAGCAAGGGUGAGGAUGGUUACCCUAGGUUAAUUCUCUCAUGGUUAGCCCAUGUAUAAUCCAUUUUAAAAAAUCCUUCUAAAAAUACCUUACAUUUCUUUGACACAAUAAAUUCUUUACAAUUUAAAAUAUUUGAUGUGUUCUUUGAUUGAAUUACAUGGAUACAAGAAAAACUACCUUCUGUAAAAUACAGGCAUUUAUGAAUUUAAAUCACUCAUUGACUCUUUUAUGCAAAUUAAUAUUAGAUGGGUAGCUUAUGACAACUUAAAAAAGGCAUUUUUUGUGGAUUACCAGAAAUAAAGCAAUCAUAAAACUAACCUCAUAAAAACAGUAGAACUAAAAAAUUCUAAAAAGCAGGCUAUAUAAAGUACAAAAUAAGUAUGAUGCACCACUAUAUAGGGAACAUAAAUUGAAGGGAUAUUUAGGGCAAAUUGUGGUCAUAAUCCUUGUGUCAUGGUUGGAUCAGUGUAAAUCACGGGGGUGGGCUGGAACAACGACGUCCGGUUAGUUAAGUGUCUCCUGUCCGGUCGAGGGCGAUCAGGAAACAAACCGAUGAAUAAUACACCGUGUCGGCGGUCACAUGUCGUGCAGCGGGCUCCUGAAUGAUUUAAAGCUUUUUUUUACAUCAUCAGCCUCACCCUCCCUCCCUCCCUCCCGCGCUGGCUCCCGCUGAUGCACCGCGCAGCCCGGAGAUGCUGCUGCUGAUGCUGGCGACCGACUGCAGCAUCCGACAUGGGCAUCCUUUAAUCCGGCCGUGCCACAGAUUUAGCAUCCAUUGCCGUCACUAAUGAGGUUGGCUACUAUAGCAACAGUGCUACAGGGAGAGGACUGCUAAUUAGCUGCUUCCUCAUUCAGAUAACAUUCUCUCUCACCAUGUGGGGAAGAACUAAGAUGUCAUUUCACUAAACCAGGGAAAGAAAGAGAGGCAGCAAGACAAAAUCAGAUCUUUUAAAUCUUCCAUCAUUUGGAUAAGGAAUAACCCUUCUUCCACAGUGCUGUACAAGAUUGUUUUCACAAGAAAACAGUAAAAGUACAAAAGAAAAAGUAUCAAAGAGAGAACUUCCCACUCCUUUCCUUGUGAAAUUCUUCGCUUUGACUCUGACCCUUGACCUUUAGCCCUCAGUAUGAGCAGUCUGGUAGGGAAGCUAGACCCUCGGAGGGUACAAUGGGGCUCAAAAUGGAACACCUUUGCGUCCCGUGUCCUGAGGACCAAACCUGUGGAGUCCAUGUUGGAUUCGGCCAUGACAGGCACUGGCUCACAUGGGACCAGGCUGGCCCGGGUGUUAUCUACAGUGGACCUGGUAUCACUGGGUGUGGGCAGCUGUGUUGGGACAGGGAUGUAUGUGGUCUCGGGGCUGGUCGCCAAGGAGAUGGCCGGUCCAGGGGUCAUUGUGUCCUUCAUUAUCGCUGCUGUGGCCUCCAUACUGUCAGGAGUGUGUUAUGCAGAGUUUGGUGUGCGGGUGCCUAAGACCACAGGUUCGGCCUACACAUACAGCUACGUGACUGUGGGCGAGUGCGUGGCGUUUUUUAUCGGCUGGAACUUAAUUCUGGAGUAUCUGAUUGGCACGGCGGCGGGGGCGUCGGCCCUCAGCAGCAUGGCGGACUCACUGGCCAAUCACAGCAUCAGCAACUUUAUGAUUUCACACAUCGGAACGCUCAAUGGCUUGGGUAAAGGGGAGCAGUCGUACCCAGACCUGCUGGCACUUCUGAUAGCACUGCUGGUGACAGUGAUAGUUGCUUUGGGAGUGAAGAACUCUGUGGGCUUCAACAACGUGCUGAACGUCAUCAACCUCAUAGUGUGGGUGUUCAUGAUGAUCGCCGGGCUGUUCUUCGUCAACGGAGAGAACUGGGACGAGGGGAGAUUCUUGCCCUUUGGCUGGUCAGGGGUGAUGCAGGGAGCAGCCACCUGCUUCUAUGCCUUCAUUGGAUUUGACAUCAUUGCUACAACAGGAGAGGAGGCCAAAAGUCCCAAUACCUCCAUCCCCUAUGCCAUCACUGCCUCACUCAUCACCUGCCUCACUGCCUACGUCUCUGUUUCUGUGAUCCUGACUCUGAUGGUACCGUACAAUGAGAUUGACACAGAUGCCCCACUCAUGGAGAUGUUUGCCAUGCAUGGCUGUAUGUUCGCAAAGUAUAUCGUGGCGGUGGGCUCCAUAGCUGGACUCACUGUAUCCCUCCUGGGGUCCCUGUUCCCCAUGCCCAGGGUCAUCUAUGCCAUGGCGGGGGACGGCCUGCUGUUUAAGUUCCUGGCCAACGUCUCUUCCUACACAGAGACCCCUGCUGUUGCCUGUGUGGUGUCGGGCUUUCUGGCUGCUCUGCUGUCCCUCCUGGUCAGCCUCAGAGACCUCAUAGAGAUGAUGUCCAUAGGAACCCUGCUGGCCUAUACCCUGGUAAGCCUGUGUGUACUCCUGUUGCGUUACCAACCUGAGGGCGACAUCCACGGCUUUGUGAACUUCCUCUCUGAGGAGCAGAACAACAAGAGGAAGGAGGGAGUUCUGGCUGAGUGCGAGAAAGAUGCCUGCUCACCCACCAGUGAAGCAGACGAAUAUGGAGGUCCGCCCACUAACACCUGUGGAGCCAAAAACCUGCCAUCAUUGGGUGACAACGAGAUGCUGAUAGGCAAACCAGAUAAAAACACCUACACUGCCAGCCACCCAAACUAUGGCACAGUGGAUAUGACCACUGGCAUUGAAGCAGAAGAGUCAGAGGGUGGGAUGUCCCGACGGUUGAAGAAGCUCAUUGGACCACGCUACUACACCUUGAGGAUCCGAUUGGGCCUCCCAGGAAAGAUGGACAGGCCAACUCCAGCCACGGGGAAAACUGUUACUGUGUGUGUGCUGCUCCUCUUUAUCAUCAUCUUCACUUUCUGCUCCUUCAUAAUUUUUGGAUCGAGCAGUAUUGGAGAGGGUCGCUGGUGGGCUUUGAUGCUAUUAAUCUUCUUCAUCAUCAUCAUUGCCCUGCUCAUCAUCAUCAUCCUCCAGCAGCCAGAGAACCCUAAGCGGCUGCCCUACAUGGCGCCCUGUGUACCCUUUGUACCUGCUUCAGCCAUGCUAGUCAACAUCUACCUCAUGCUUAAACUGUCUGCCAUCACCUGGAUACGAUUUUCAAUCUGGUGCCUCGUGGGUGUGCUCAUCUACUUUGGCUAUGGCAUGUGGAAUAGUACGCUGGAAAUCACAGCCAGAGAGAAUGAGGUGCAUGCCUCCACCUACCAACGUUAUGAUCAAGGUGUGGACGAAGGCUUCUGCGGCUUCGACGACGAUUUCUACCCGCCUACCACUGACCCCUGGGGUGCGCCGCAGGGGGGAUCGGGGCUCACCCCGCAUCCUCAGGCAAAACCCGAAAGUGAUGGGACACCAUCAAAAGGGGGAGGGAGGACCAGUGCCAAUCACGGCCUUGCGGAGGAGGAUCCGAUGGAUUUCUGAAGGGACUGACUCUGUGUUACCCUGAAUGUACUGCCUUGUCUGCUGCCUGGGGGAAGGGAGGGGAACAGUUAUGUGAGUGCAUGAAUGAUUGUGUGUGUGCGCGUGCGUGUGUGCAUGCCAGCAUGUGUGUGUGUGUGUGUAUUUGUUUGUGUGUCUAACCCUUGGGCUAGAUAGUUUCUUGGCAGUGGAAUGGCUUUUCAUUCACCUUACUCUACCACGCUUGGCUCCCCAGCUCACACAGCAAAUGUGGACGUCAAGGUCAUGAGUGUCUUGUCACAGUCACUUGUUAUUCACUUACUGGAGUCCACAUCCCACGCAAAGAAAGGCCAGAUAGAAAAAUGCGGACGUAGCAAGAGAUAAAAUAUAAUGUGUCUCACUUCAAUGUGACCCAUGACACAUUGUGUAUUGAGCAAUCAGUUAACUGUUUAAGUACGAGUUUACAGGAUAUAGGAGAGGAGAAGGUGAUGAGUGAGGGACAGAUGAAUCAGCACCUCUCUUCCUGUUUCAGCAUAGGCAGACAGGAAAGUUAGAUGACAGAAUGCCAAGCCCAAGCUAUUUCCUAUGUACAGGUCUGACUUUCUCUGCUCAUUUUAUUUUUAACAGACAGUAAAACAGCUACACAUGCUCUCAAAAACACAUAAAAUGUUCUUAAAAAUCCAAAACUUUCUGUCUGUCUUUAAAUAUUUCCCCUGACCCCUAACAUCUAGCCCAAGGGAUUCAGGACUGGAUUGGGAAGAGGGUGUUGAUGUUUUCUGUCAAAAAAUAGUACUUGGACUUUGCUUGCAAUAGUGCCUUCAUCUACUGUAUGUGUAUGUGAGUUUCUGAUUAUAUCUUUUUUCUACUUUAAUUUUCCCUGUGUGUGUGUGAGGGUGUAUGUGCAAUCAAACUCCACCUUUUACAUUUAUUCUCAUGUCUGUGUGUGUAGAUAUAAAGUGUGUUCUUCAGGUUGUUUUACUGUGUAUGUGUAGGUAUUUGUUUCGUUUUGUUCUUCCCACUCCUUGCCCCAGCAUGAAGCUCAAAAUCAAUCCACCCGCAACAAAGCAGCUCUAGUGCAAUAUAACACAUGCUUGACAGCUCAUUGGUGUACCUAAAAAGAGUAGAAAGUAGAGGUUGUAACAGAGAGAGAGAACUGGUUGAAUCCUAAUUGAUAACCUGCAUGGUUUAUUGUGAUGAAUGUCAUAUUUUCUGUUCAGUCUUUUCUGUGUGCGUGUCUCUCUGUCCAUGCAGUUCUUGCUGUUUACCAGAGUUAGGAAGUAAUACAUUUUCAGUUCUUUCAAUUCAGGAAAUGGAUUUUCCUCAUAGUUUGUAUCUUUUCUCCUAGUGAAGAAAACAAAAGUAGGGACUGUACAAAAAUUAUUAUUGAGGGAGGGUGGUCAGAAAUAGGUAGGAGUGAUUUUUUCUUUUUGCUGAUGGUAGGGUAGUUUGACUGGGAGAAUGGGUCUUUUAUUUUUUUCCCACCCCAGAUUUAUAUUUUAUUUAAAUAUUAUUUUAUUUUAAUUUUCCUUUGCAGAUUAAUUGUAAGAAAAAAACAAGAUCAAAUACAAAAUAACAAAAAAAUUAUUCCAUUAACAUUCAGUUUGAAUGUUAUGAUUAUAGUAAACAGUCUUGAAUUCUUUAUGCUUUGCCUGUUUUAGUUAUAAUUAUUAAUCGAGUUGUACCAAUACUGUUACAUUAUUUUGAGAUAUUGGGGGAAGGGUAUUUCAGUUUUUGUCAAGUCCAGAGGAUGGUCCAAAUGAAAUAUUAAUUCUAAUAAUUCUUUGGAGGGUCUUGCUUUUUUUGAGUGAAACAAAUGUUUCAACCCCCCUCCCCCACACCAAUCAUUUUCAUACAGUCCCUAACUGAGAAGGAUUGUGUUGUAAAUAAGUUGGAGUUUUACCUUUACACUGAGUGAACUGAAAUGUAAUCCACCUCUUCAUCUCUCUCCAUUUGCUUUUUACUAUCCUUCUUUCUUCUAUACAUUGUUUUUAUCCUCUGCUUCCAUCACUCCUUUGUUCUUCCAGCCCAACUCUUCCUUCAUCUAUCUGCCACCUCACCCUGCUCUUGAUAUUCAUCAGGCCAUGUCAGCAGGGAGUUGCUACUCUAAGUCACAAGUGAUAGAGCCGGGAUUGGUUUUCCAUCAGGAUUUGAAACAGCAAUCCGUUCAUGGCCUGACGAUCCAUUAUCUCCUGUUUCACCUCAGGGUGUCUGUUAUCGCUCUUCUGAUUUGUCACCGGAGCAUUUACUCCUCUCCCUGUCGUUCUGCUUCAACCCAGGCCCACACUGUACUGAGUGAACCUCCCUGUUGACCCUACCUCUUCAGUUUUGUAUGCAUAUAACUAGCGUUGAAGUCCCACUUUUUACAUGUCACUCACACUGUUGCUGCACCCCGAAGAGAUAUUGUGAAAAUUAAUCAAAUCAAAUCAUGGUCCUAUAGAGCUCAGUGUGUAGGACAUGUCAGCUAAUGCUGCCAAGGUUAGGGGUUUGAUUCCAUACUAAGAAUGUAUACACUCAUGGCACUGUAAGAGAUUUUGGGAUACAACAAAUAGCAUACUGUUAUGUUAUUAUGUUGAGGGUGGGGGCACUUCUACAAUAGCUGCUGCUGUUUGCCCUGAUUGUCCUCCUUGUAUCUUUUCCUCUUGCCCCCUGUUGCUGCAUCUGUCCCUUCUAGGGAAGCCUUAUUUGUCUAAUGCACUAAAUCUAAGGAUGCCACGCUAAACCCCCACCCUACCUCUGCUUCCCCAUUUAUCCACACUCAACACAAAAGUUUCCUUCAUGUAAUAAUAGGCCCCUUGGUGUUGUCCAGUGAAAUGAUUGUGAUAUCCAUCCCAAAAAACAGCCCAGUAUCUUGAGGAAUUACACUCAUAUUGGAUGAUUCUGCAGCCUGCCAGUGCAGGGAGUAGUGUGCCCUUUCUGUCAUGUAGUGAGUGGAACAUAAGGGUGUUGAGGUUGGGGAGAUGGAUGGGUGUGGCCCAUCUGACUUCCAUGCAGAGACUGGAGUGCCCAUCAAAGACCAACCAUGGCUGUAGCUAACACUGAGAUCAUGUCCUCUGUAUCUUUUCUGAAAAUUUGGGUGUUAUAGUGACCUACAAUUCAGAGUUGCACAUGGUGUAUCUUUUACAAGCUGAUUCCAGUAUUUCUAAACUCACUAUAUUUAAAUUUGACUACCAACAAAACAACUUCCCAACAAAAAGGAAUAAAUGAUUUUGGUAUUUCCCCAUCAAUUGCACCACUCAUUGUGUGGAUAAGGCUUUGAAAUAGCCUUUAGACCUCCAUAUAACGAAAUAAAAAUGUACAGAAAAUAUCAUAAGAAAAAAAUAGAGUUUCUUUUUGGGGUUGCGGUGUGGGGGACUUGGACUAAUGACUUAAGUAUUUUUAAAAUCCUGGCUACAGCCCCAAGUCCAACAAUUCUAUUGCCUUUUUUUUAAGAUACCUAGCCUUAACCACAGUUCAGUCAGCCAACUCACAUGGAAGAAGGGAUCAUUUUGUGAAUGCAGAACAUGCCUGGCAUGUAGGCUCUGACCUCCUCACGAAACACCAAUCUCAGCACAGCAGGGAAUGAGGAGCAAUGAUAAUAACCAUUAUAUGAUAUUAACCUUAUUGUUGGUGUUAUGCGUGGAUGUUGUAGAAAUAGAUGUUUAAAAAGUUGGGAUUGAACGUAACCUGAGGUUUUGCAGACUUGUCCAAUAUCAAGGUUCUGUCUGGUGAUAGGGUUGGGAAAAAAACAGCACAUCCUGAAACAUUUGACACUAUAUCUCACGCACAUUCAAACACAUCCAUGGUCUUACUAGUCAGCCGAAAUACCUUCCCCACCAGAUCACUUCUCAACUCAGCCAAAAGAAUCCAGCCGCUUUGCAUUCAUAGCAAGACAAAAACAAACGGCGAAUUAGGCGCUACAAUGCCUCUGACACUGGACUGUACAGUCAACUUACUAUAUUAUCUGCUCUGUGUGUAUGCAUACGAGUGCGUGAGUGCAUGUACAGUAUGUGUGUAUGUAUGUGUGUUUGUGGUCUACACCUGCGCCUCAAUGUGAUCGUCUGGUGAAUGUGUAGCAUGCUGUCAUGCACGAGGCCCAGACUGUAAUUGUUGUACUUGCAUGUGGUGACUGAUCGCAACGAGACAUAAUAGAAUACUAAACCAAACCAAACGCAGGCUUAGUUCUUAUACCUGGGAAUGUUGGCCUCUGUGCUCUGAGGGGAUUUAACAGGUGUAUUACAACUGAAUCAGCAUCAAAAACAUCAUUGUUCAGGAUCCUUACCAGUGAAUUGAACUGAAAGGUAUUGUAUUCAUUGCAGUCAAACCCAAACCUUUCUUAUACUUUACAACUCAAUAUUAUGUUAAAUGACAAAUUCUAUGAGCUAAAAGAAGAUUAUUUGCUGGAUUCAAUUUGAAUCUUCACAUAUUCUCUCCUAUAUUUCUAAACUCGUCCAGUAAUCUCCUCACCCAGGUAUGGGAACCAGGGCUCCGUUUGAAAAGGGAGUAGAACAUGUAGCAAACACACGGAUGUGGGGAUGACUCUUCUCACAUCUUCCCUCAACCACUUACAGUAUGCCUUCCUGUAUAUCCUUUUUCUCAACCACAAACUCUGCAAGCCAAAGUCCACAAUGUUUGUUUACUUUUCACAUACAGGAAACUGAAGUUUCUUCAAAGUGAACACUUAAGAACAGAGCUAAUAAUUUUACUUGGGGGGUCUGCUAAUAAGCUACUAAUGUCAGUUUAACCCUUUUCUCACAGUGACUUUAGUCAACAGUGCAAUGGUCAUUUUUGAAAUCCUAGUUGCUAUACAGUUGCUAAGUAUUUCAUUGAAAGAUUUAAAGUAUUAGUACUAGACCCUAUUGACUUCAGCAGAUCUGUUUGUCCAGCAUGGACAAGAAGCAGUGAAAAAGUACAACACUGAAGGAGAAGUGAACUAAAGGAAAAGUAUUUUUCUACAGCUGUCUCCCAUCCACAGGUCCUCCUGGGGUAGGUGUGCACAAAAGAGCUGGGUGGAGUUAUCAGCCUUCACUUUCUGUGUUUUUGUUUAAUCACAAGGAGGCCUGUGAAAAACUGCUAAAAAUAUAUUUUUAACAACUGUAGUCUCUCUAGAAUGAUAAAGUUCAUUUAUAAACCUUAAUCCUUUCCUUUGAAGGAUUUUGAAAUGGUUGCUCUAGACGUCAAUAGGACCGUAGAAGGUUUAGGAGUAAGAGUACUACAGAAAACAUGCAGAAACUAUUUUAAUACAAUUCUAUAAAGGGUAAACUACAAGCAUAAUCAAAUAUUGCCACUAUUGCUUUUAAAGUCAGCUACUAUUUGUUUAUUUUGUCUCGGAGAAGGCAUGCCAUGUUCUUCCUGUGCUCUGUGUUCACUGUGGCCAAGUGUCCAGUCAGUGUAUGUCCAACUUGUUGAGAUUGGCUUCUCUCGCAACAACUAGAUAUUCCUUUUCUCUUCUGUAUAUUUUGGCACAAAGCUGUAUAAUGUAGUUGUUUUUUUAUGAUAUUUUUUUUUAUGGUUUCUUCCAUAUGUAUUCUGAGUGCACUGUUUUUGCUGAGUUGUUGAUAUUGCUUCCAUGCAACAAUGAAAGUUAUUUAUUGCAAAUACCAAAAA